AGGCAUAAACUUGGGCAGCUCUUACCGACUGAGGACGAAAACAUGGCGGCCUCCUUGCGUUUGGGUCGUCAAGGAAUUCUAUUUGGCCUGAGAUUUGCAAAGCUUAAAAAAAAUCCUGGACUUCAUAUUCGUUUCAGGACAAUGUCAGGCAGUUCUUUCAAUCGCCAUAUUUCUUUGCUGCUGUGGAUGGCUAGGUCCCAGGCUGUGGUGGCCCAGUGGGUGACAGGGCUACCAGCCCGAGGUGCUGCACCAGUCAAAGUGGAGAUGCCUGCUCUCUCUCCCACCAUGGAGGAGGGAAACAUCGUCAAAUGGUUGAAGAAAGAAGGUGAUGCGGUAGCGGCUGGCGAUGCGCUCUGUGAGAUCGAGACGGACAAGGCCGUGGUUACCCUGGAGUCCAGUGAUGACGGCGUCCUGGCCAAGAUACUGAUGGAGGAGGGCAGUCGUGCCGUGCGUCUGGGGACUCUCAUUGCCCUCAUGGUGGAGGAAGGGGAGGACUGGAAGACAGUGGAGAUCCCGCCACCUGUGGCAGCCACCCAAGCAACUCCCGCUCCGGCAGCCCCCACUGCACCACCACCACAUCCCCCCAGAGCAGCCUCCACAGGACCGUUGCGGUUGAGCCCGGCAGCCAGACACAUCCUGGACACACACGGUCUGGACCCCCAGCUGGCCACUCCCACCGGACACAGGGGCAUCAUCACCAAGGAAGAUGCCCUUAAUCUCCUGAAAAAGUUCCCUGAUUCCAAGACAACUCCAGUUACAGCAGCCCCAGUGGCAGCAGCCCCCAGUCCAGUCGCCACCCCAGCAGCUGCCCCACUUCCCCCAGGCAGCAGGCCCAUGUACCCCCCUCAAUCCAUACCUGGCAAGCCUGGAGCUCCGGGCACCUUCACAGAGGUCCCGGCCUCUAAUGUGCGGCGUGUCAUCGCCCAGAGGCUGACGCAGUCCAAGACCACCAUCCCUCACGCCUACGCCACCAUCGACUGUGACCUGGGCGCUGUCAUGCAGCUCCGCAAGGAGAUGGCCAAAGCGGAAAUCAAAGUGUCCGUCAAUGAUUUUAUCAUCAAGGCCGCUGCUGCUACGCUUAGAGAGCUGCCGGAGGUCAACGUGACCUGGUCGGGGGAGGGGCCUCAGGCACUGAACUCCAUUAGCAUCUCCAUCGCUGUGGCAACCCCAAAGGGCCUAAUCACCCCCAUCAUCACGAACGCUGCUGACAAGGGGGUGCAGGAGAUCUCAGCUAAUGCCAAGGCACUGGCCCAGAAGGCUCGAAAUGGGAAGCUGCUUCCUCAUGAGUACCAGGGAGGCUCCUUCAGUAUUUCUAACCUGGGAAUGUUUGGCAUCAGUGAGUUCAGUGCGGUGAUCAACCCUCCCCAGGCGUGUAUCCUGGCUGUGGGAACAUCAAGGGCUGUGCUGCAUCUGACCGAGGAGACCGGUGCCCUGAGCACCCAGCAGCUGAUGACCGUCACCCUGUCCAGCGAUGGGCGCCUUGUGGACGACGAGCUGGCAUCACGCUUUCUGGACAAGUUCCGUGCCAACCUGGAGCGGCCACAGCGCAUGACACUGAACUGAGAGGGGGAUGAAGAGGAAGUGAAUGAGAGCAAGGGAAACACUUCCAUCAUGAAGCCUAUUUCAUGCUUGUAAGAGAAGCGGUCAGACAGUUAAUUUAAGUUCAUUUUAACUAAAUGACCAUUGUCUAUGCACAUUUCAAUGUUAGGUGUGCUAUUGGCCUGUACAUAGUAUAUAGUCGUUUUGACUGUUUAUGACCUAUGCUAUGUCCGGAUCAUCACUCCUAAGGCUUUGGGAUGGAGGUGUGUAUGUGUACUAUUGCUGCAGAGGUCUAUGUUCUGUAGUGGAGCCCCAGACAAAUGUUACCAUAACAGGGUACGUCUCAGUUAACCUGAGGGAGAUGGGAGCUAUUCUACCACACCAUGUUGGUAUCUAAAGUGGCUAUUCCAGUCCCAUAUAUCAAGUCCCAAUGCAACGACCCAUGUCACAAUUAGUUCUCAUUCUUUCACCUGGAUAAUUCUAACAUGUUUUUGUACAUUUAUUUCGUGUUUAUUAUGGGCCAUCAAAGCACUGCAUUUCUUCUGUGAAACUCAUUCUACCCCUGACAGAGUGAGUGGCACUUUGAAAUUUCUGACUGUUGUGAUUUUUGGGUCUCCUGAUAGGUUGAGGAAAGCAAACAAGUCCACUGAUAUCUCUCAUGAUUGUGUGUAUGAAAGGUUUUAACUUAUUUAAAUACAAAUGUAGUCUAUCAUAACCAUCCCCAAAACAGAUAAAUAUAUUGACAAGGCAAACUAAUAAAUUGCAUUCAACUCACAAAAGG